CUGUCAACGUACCUACACCUACCUUACCUUACCUGGGUAUAUAUCAGUCGGGCGGCCUGGGGCGCCUCGGGGAUUCCUUUCACUUGUUGUAAUAACUACCUACCUAGGUAGAUAGACUUUCACUCCCUAAAGGCAUAUCCUCCGUCACUAUUUGGCUUACGCAGCCUCCUCUCGAACCUUUCAGGCGAAGGCCCGAUCGCAGCUGUGCCUCAACUAGCCCGCCUAUCCUCCUCACCCCUCGAAGCCUCUUUCAGCACAUCUACUAUCUUGACCAUACUCUUCUGGACGUCAAAAACCUGGAGUGGGAGGUUUUAGAAUCAUGAGUUUAUUUCGCUCCUCUUCAACUAAUUCAAACCGGUACCAGAAGCCUCGGGCUACAGUGCCCAUUGCGAAUACGCCCAGAUUUUUCCCGCCCCUGAGACCCCCGAGCGCCCCAGCCGUCGCGCUACAACAGGCGUCUCAGGGGCCAGUCAACACCAGCAGUGGGGGCCCCUCCCAGUAUUCCGACAAUUUCAACCGGCUCGACUCGCCAUUCACCGUCAGAUCGGAAAACAAGUCCGGUAACAAGAGGCAAAGGCGUGACAGCGGCGAUGAUGACGGUGGGCAGAACUGCGACGGACAAAAGCCAAAGCCUGAAGGACGGAAAGGCAAGGGAAAAGAUGUUACAGGCCUCCGCCUAGCAUGUCACUACUACAAGAGAUAUAAUGGCUUGCACUGCUCGUCGGUUUGUUCUGGGCCCAAGGGCUGGCCCAAUAUCCACCGUCUCAAGGGACACCUCGCCCGAGUUCACAAAGCUGGAGCGCGCUGCCAGCGGUGCGGAGAAGUAUUCAUGACGGUAGAAGAUGACAGAAUCCAUUCCAAUCAGAAUCCGCCCUGCUCACACCGUGACCCGACGGAUUGGAGCUACAAGAAGUACGACCAAUACCAAAGCGAUGAGGUGAAGAAGCGUUACCGGGAAGUUCCAGGCAAAAAUACAGUGACGCAUCAGGAGGAAUGUUGGGUGUCCCUAUGGAAAAUUUUAUUUCCAAACUGGAACGAAGCUCUACAUGGAUGCAUUCCAACAGCAUACUAUGACAAGUCACCAACCCGGCACUUUGUUGAAUGCGUUAUCUCCAAGCGAAACCGCGACACCAACCUCCACCAGCAGCUUCUUCUCCAUUUGUCAGGUGACCGAACUGCUUUGAAACAGAUCCUAGAGAUAAUUGCCAGACACGAGAGGGCCAGCGAAUCUAGUUGGCAAGGCGACAAGCCAUCCCAGAUUCACUCUGCCUUUGCUGCCUCGGAUAGUUCAGUCCAUCACGCACAAGAUGAGCUACAGCUGCUGUUAGACCCUCCCGCUGUGACGCCUCCGCCCAGACCGCACCUUCAGAUCGUGCCGCCGUCCCAUCCGGGGUACCUUUCCCCCAACUACUGUGUCUCCAUCGCAGACUCAUCCCACACUGGUUCGAGCAUCGGGACAUCGCAACUGCUCACGGGAAUGAGCAACAGGCACCUCGAUGUGCCGGGCAGCCGCGCAAGCGCCUCGGGAGAGACAGAGGGUACGUUCGUGGGUGGUGGAUACGACUGGGAGGUCCGCAGUGCUCCCUGCCUCGGCCCAGACCGGUCUGAUAUCUUUGCAACACCAAGUCAAGGUCACCCAAGCUCUGGCGGCCUUGCCGAAACUGGAUAUACAGCUCUACCGUGGCCCGUGCCUGGGCAACCUCAGCUGCCGGACCUGGCCAUGGGAGGCAUGUCAGCGAUGACCAGCUUUGCAGUCGAUCCUGCUUUCGCCAGUAGUGAUGUUGACACGAACUCUAGGGGCACCUUGCCUCUACACCAGGAUCUCUCACAAUCAAUGCAAUCCCACAACAACAUUGUCUAUGUGCCUCAGCCUUGGUCCAACAGCCUCCAGAGAAUAGAAGAUGUCUCGCAGGUGAUAGCCAAUUACCAUAUGCAGUUUCCGAACACUUCUAAAACGGCAAUAUAACGACGGAGCGCCCCCUUGGAACUCUUAGGGGACUGGAUUUUUUUCAAUGUCUUUUCUUUCGUGUCUGCAAAUUUACCAUGUACAUAGAUUGUCUUCAAGAAGAGGGGCCCUGGGAUUACUGAUCUCUGGCCGAGGACUAGUAGAUCUCUGUGAUACUCCGCGAGAACCUAAACAACUUUAUAUCAUUUAUUUUUGCCCCCUCUAGA